GGAAUAAUAUAACUUCGAGAGAAGCGUAUCUGCCAUCACCACAAGCAAGCAAGGAUAUAAUUAAUGGUGUUGAGAGUGAUAUAAUAAUAUGCAAGAGGGAGAAGGAUGACACAUGUGUUGCAAGUGUGGAGAUGACGUUAGGCCGGUAGUGCCCGUCUCAGCUGCCUCCACUGUAAACACUGCAGCUGUUGCCUCCACCUCUCCACCCUGUCUCCACCACCGCCAACAUCUGCGUUAUCAGUAGUAGUAGCAGAGAGGAUGUCUCUGGACACAGAAGAACAGGACGAUGAACUACUUGCCCUGGCCAGCAUUUAUGAAGAAUCCUUCACAUCUGUGCAAGACCAAGAGACUGGCCCCAUGGAAACGCAAGAUUUUAUUCGAGGGGGAGAACUAGCAAUCCAUUUAGAGCUGCCUCCAGACUUUACAUUACUCACGAGACACACUGGCGAGAAUGGUGAGGUGCAAGAACAAAGCUAUGUAGUUGAGCACUUGCCAGCAAUCUAUCUUCACUUCACCUUCCCAGCCACAUAUCCCUCCAAACAUCCCCCGAGUUUUACCCUUUCUUGUAAAUGGCUUAAUAGAGCCCAGCUUACCCAGCUCUGCCAACAGUUGGACAGACUAUGGGCUGAAAAUAAAGGCUGCGUUGUGAUGUUUACAUGGGCGCAAUUCCUCAAGGAUGAAAGUCUAGAUCUCUUAGGCUUUACAGGCACAUUAGACUUGGACAACAUAAAACCCAUCCGUCAGUCAGCUGGAGCUGCAAAUAACUGCGUACUUGUGGCAGCUAGUGAUAUACAGGGAGACACGUGUGGUGCUAUUUGUUAUUCUGAUGUAGAAAAGAAACGUGAUAGUGUGAGUGAUAGUGCUAGUGUUGGUAAUGGUGCCGAUGGAGGAGCUUCGAGUUCGACACUGUCGAGACAAAACAGUCAGAGUUAUGACAGCCGAACUAUUCAAGACAUUGCUCCUAAAACAAACAUGCUGAGACUUCUAAGAGAUUAUGAUGAAGAAAUGAGAAAGAAAGUCUUUGGCACCAAAACCUUUGCAUGUAAAGUCUGCUAUAUGGACAAAUUAGGUGUGAAUUGUUUAGAAUUCUGGCCAUGCCGACAUGUUUUCUGCAAAGAUUGCAUGGCUUCGUACUUUUCGGUACAAAUCAGUGAAGGAAAUAUCAAGUUUCUAAUGUGUCCAGAGGACAAGUGUGAAUCUGAAGCUAACCCCAAACAGGUGCAGGAGUUAGUUUCUGAAGAAAUGUAUCAGCGAUGGGACGAAAUGUUGCUCAACUCUACCAUCUCCUCCCUGGGUGAUAUGCAACCCUGUCCACGCUACCAUUGCCAGUACCCAGCGACUAUUGAAGAAGGCCAGGGACAAUGUCCCUCUUGUAAAUUUGUCUUUUGUGGUAUUUGCAGGUUUGGAUGGCACGGUGUUGACCCUUGCCGUCUGAAGCACAGCGAAUCGAGAAAGAUAAUGGAAAUAUAUAUUAAUGGCGAUGAGUCUGAGAAACAAGCCUUGGAGGGACAAUAUGGAAAAAAAUACUUAACUGUGUUAAAGGAAGAAUAUCUGUCUAUGAAUUACUUGGAAGAGAACUCUAAGAAAUGUCCUAGGUGCAAUGCCAAAAUUGAGAAGAUAGAUGGAUGUAACAAGAUGACGUGUCAGAGAUGCAGCAUCUACUUCUGUUGGCUGUGCAUGUGUUUGCUGAACAGAGCACGGCCAUAUGAACACUAUAACGAUGAGAAGUCACCUUGCUUCAAUAGGCUCUUUGCUGGAAUGGCCGAGGAUGACGACAUUUGGGACGAUUCUGAUGACGAGAUGGGUUAUCUCUUGGGGGAUUAAGUUUUCAUUAACUGGAAACUACAAAUUGUUUUACAUCUUUUUGUUCCUUGUUAUUGCUAUGACAUUAAUACUGUAAUAUGUUUUCUUUGUGAUAGUUAUCUUUUUUUCCCCAGAAAGGCACAAAUAUUUCUUUAUUGUGUUAAUUACUCAACUGUUGCCCUUCUUUGCUGAAAUAUUCAAAACGUUUAAAAAAAUGUUAAACAGAAAUGUAUUCUAUUUUAAAUGGCUGACCUUCAUGUCAAAAGAUUAAGUAUAAAUGAAAGAUGCUAUGCACAUUCACUAUAUUAUGUUUGCUACUGGUAUGUACUCUAAGGUAAAGUCACUAGAUGUAAAUAUUAUUCCUUGCUGUACAUAUUACUUGUGUAGCUCAUAUGACAUUAUAUAUUACAUCAUUUAAAACUGU